AAAAAAUCUUGGUCUGUCUGUCCCGAUUAUCUAGUAUUAUUUACCACCACUUAUUUCGAAACCAGCUGAUGUACUGUAUGUUCUGGUACUAACUAUUGGGAUUAGGAUAAAUUCAUCAAAACAGUUGCUUGCUAGCUCUCACACUGGCUCUCAUUGUAAGACGCAGCAAAAGAUAUAUAUAUAUAGUAUAGACAUAUCAAUUUUACUGAAUAAUUCAUUUUUUAUAAUGACCAGAUUAUCCUGAAGAUGGUGAUUUAGGAUUUCUUUAGUAAGACGAUACUUUUUUUUCUUCGAAUAUUUUUUUUUGUAAGUACUGUCAUCAGAACGUCGAAAAUGUCGGACAUAAAAAGUAUGGAGCACCCGACGUUGAAGGUGCCGUACGAAUUACUGAAUAAAAAAUUUCGUUCGACGCAAAAAGCUUUGGAUCGAGAAGUGUCGCAUGUACAGACAGCUGCUAAUGAGUUGGAGAAAGGAAUAAAUAAUAAUAAUGGACAUGCAACAACUGGAGAGAUAAGUCGUUUAUUAGGUGGUGUCGUGGCUAAAUUGCAGGCAUUGAAGAGAAAGGCGGAGGAAUCUAUUUCUGAAGAAUUACAAACUGGUAUGGUUUGUAAAAGACGUUUAGAUCAUUUAAAAGAUCAUGGAAGUUCAUCACCAAGUGUUGUCAACCAGUGGCGAAGACAGAGACUUGACAGGAUGCUUGUUGAAUAUUUUUUAAGAAAGGGAUAUUACAAAACUGCUAUGAAACUUGCUGACACUACUGAGCUUCGUGAUUUAACAAAUAUUGAUGUCUUUAUGGUAUCAAGAGAAGUUGAAAUAUCACUAGCUAAUCAUGAAACAGCAAGAUGUUUAGGAUGGUGCCAUGACAAUAAAUCAAAGCUAAGAAAAUUAGGAAGUACAAUGGAAUUUAAUUUGCGGGUUCAAGAAUUUAUUGAACUAGUCCGCGCUGAUCGUAGAUUGGAUGCUGUCAAACAUGCGCGCAAAUGUUUUGCUAAUUAUGAUGAGUAUCAAUUACAAGAGAUACAAAGUUGUAUGGGACAACUGGCGUUUCCAGCGAAUCCUUACCUUAGUCCUUACAAAGAUUUGUUGGAUGAAAAAAGAUGGGAUCGACUUAUUGAACAAUUUCGUCAUGAAAACUACAGAUUGUUUCAAUUAGCAAGUCAAAGUGUAUUUACAGUUGCACUUCAAGCUGGUUUAUCGGCAUUGAAAACUCUUCAGUGUUAUGGUGCUAAUAAAGAAUGCAAAAAUCCAAGUUGCCCUGUUUGUAAUGAAACACUAAAUGAAUUGGCAACACCUUUACCUUUUGCUCAUUGUUCACAGUCGAGACUCGUAUGCAGUAUUAGUGGAGAGCCGCUUAAUGAAUACAAUCAACCCAUGAUGAUGCCCAAUGGAUACGUUUAUGGUGAAAAGGCGCUUGAAAAAAUGGCACAAGAAAAUAAUGGAGCAGUUAUUUGCCCUAAAACCAAAGAAGUAUUUCCAUUUAAAAAAAUUGAAAAAAUUUAUGUUAUGUAAUAUAAAAUAACAAUUGAAUUUAAUUACGCAAUAUCACUAUUAUGUAAUAACUUCUUUAAUAAUUACUAUCAAUAAUUAAUUAAUUAAUAACUAAUUAAUAAUAUUAAUUGAAUCUUAACUAAUAUGUAAGUUGUAAAAUAAUACAAUAUAUAUAUAUAUUUUUUAAGGAAGUUUAUUUUUUUCGUUUUUACGUGACACUUAAUAUUAUUGUUUAAAAAUACAAUAAAAAAAAAUAUUAAUUCACUGAGUGAUUUUUUUUUUUAAUAUUUAUCUAGAAUAAAAUCGUACACAGAAAAAAGAAUGUGAAUUAUAACCCGGAACCUGGGUGUCAAUACAGGAAAUUUUAAAUUCUAAAUAAUAAACUCUCUAUAUACGCCAUUAAUUUUUUAUGAUGAGUGUGAAUGUAGCAGACGUCAUGACAAUAAAGUCAGCAGACAUUUAAAAAUUUUUGAAUUCUUUUUAACGAAAAAAUAAAUAUUAAAAAAAAUAUUUUGAAAAAUUGCACGUAUAGUUUGUGAAAUUUCCGACAUGUGCAUUUUUUUCGAAAUGUUUUUUUUUCAUUAUUCAUCUAUUAAAAAAAAUUUCUUUUAAUUUCAAAUGUCUGCUAACUUUACUAUCAUGCAGACGUCAGACAAAUUUAAAAUUACCAAUAAACAGAGUAAAUAAUUAAUAAAAUAAAAUUUAAAAAAAAUGCGCAUUUAAAAAAUUUGAAAAUUAAUAAGUGCAUUUUUUAGAAUUAUUUUUUU